AUGGAUGGCUCUCGAGCGCCGUUGAUGACUGGCGAGAGCCAGGGCGACCAUGUGCAGCACGACGACGACGACCUUUUGUCGACAGCCCUCGGAGGCAAGGCGCACGGCGCUCGGCCUGGUGCUUUCGUCUUCGCCCUGACCUUUGCCGCCGGAAUCAGCGGCUUGCUGUUCGGAUACGACACCGGUGUCAUCUCGGCGACGCUCGUCUCCGUCGGCGACUCGCUCUCCAAUCGACCCCUCACGUCGCUGGACAAAUCCAUCAUCACGUCCUCGACGUCGCUCUUCGCCCUCGUCGCGUCGCCGCUCUCGUCCGUCCUCGCCGACAAGCUGGGCCGCAAGCACGUCAUGCUGUACGCCGACGUCCUCUUCGUCGCCGGCGCCUUGCUCCAAGCCUUCUGCUCCACCGUGCCGCUCAUGGUGGCCGGGAGGUGCAUCGUGGGCGCCGGGGUCGGCGCCGCGAGCUUCGUCGUGCCCCUGUACAUCGCCGAGCUCGCGCCGGCGGCCUAUCGGGGCCGGCUCGUCACCACCAUCGUGCUCUUCGUCACCAUGGGCCAGAUGAUCGCCUACAUCACCGGCUGGCUGUUCUCUUCCUUUGCCCACGAGAAGACGGGCUGGCGCUGGAUGGUCGGCCUCGGUGCGCUGCCGGCCAUGCUGCAGGCCGCCGUGCUCGUCUCCAUGCCCGAGACGCCCCGCUGGCUCGUCAUGGUCGGCCGUCCGGCCGCCGCCAGGCUCGUCGUCGAAAAGGUCCACGGCGACGAUGCGAGCGCGGCAGACGACGCCGCCGUCAUUGUUCGAAACAUCGAGUUCGAGGCCCGAGAGGAGCGGGAAGCGCGCCGGCUGCGAGCCACCGACGGAGUCGGCUCGUGGAAGUGGCUCGGCGCCUGGCAGGAGCUCAUGAGGGAGGGGAAGAACCGCCGAGCGCUGGCCAUCGCUUGCCUGCUGCAGGGUCUUCAGCAGUUGUGCGGUUUCAACUCGCUCAUGUAUUUUUCCGCCACCAUCUUCAUGCUCGUCGGCUUCAGCAGCCCGACGCUCACGUCCCUCGUCGUCGCCGUCACCAAUUUCGUCUUCACCCUUGCCGCCCUCGGUCUGAUCGACCGCGUGGGCCGGAGGCGCAUCUUGCUCUGUUCGAUACCGCUCAUGAUUGUCGGACUGUUGUCGGCCUCCAUCGGCUUCUCCUAUUUAUCCUUUUCGCCAGACGCACCGAGCAACUCGGACCACCGCAUCGCCGCGAGCAUCGUCUUGACGAGCAUCAUGCUGUACGUCGCGUCCUUUGCCCUCGGCCUCGGAAACGUGCCGUGGAUGCAGAGCGAGCUGUUUCCGCUCUCGGUGCGGUCCUUGGGAAGUGGCAUCGCGACGGCGACCAACUGGAGUGCCAACUUCGUCAUCGGCUUGACCUUUUUGCCCCUGAUGGAUGCGCUGAGUCCUUCGUGGACGUUUUUGUUGUACGCCGUGAUAUGCGGCGCUGGGUAUCUGCUGGUCUGGCGGAUAUAUCCAGAGACGGCGGGCUUGAGUCUCGAGGAGGCGACCGAGCUUCUCGAAAAUGGUUGGGGUGUCAAGUGA